AUCGUCCUCCUACCACCUCCUUCUGCCGCGCCCAGAGCAGCAGCAGACUCCUUCGAUAGCUCCCAUCCUGCUCUCUUUCCUCGCCCCACUCUCUCUGUCGUCCUCGUCCCGUCUGCUCCUGCUCAGCUGCACCCGUGAGCUAGCAAGCUAGCGCACUGACGAAGAACAGUCUGCUGCAGCGCUAGACGCUGAAACAGGAGAGUGCGUAAGCAACAGCAGCCUUGCUCCGAGCUAUCUCCGUCCGAUCCCGCCGGUGGUCGAUCACUGAAUCUUUUUUCCUUCCUCGACCCAACACCAGCAGUGCUGUGUCCAUCCGAGAAGCUAGCGUUUCUUUGUUUUUUCUCCACAAGGAACGCCUCGAUUCAGGGCGUCAUGGCGGCGUUCCAGCGGCGCCUGAUUGACGCACGAGGGGAGUUCCAAGGGAACGGAGGAGGCCUAAUGCCGCGCAUGCUCGCGUCUCCUGGCGGCGGCGCGCCCAGCCGGGAGGAGCACGCGGUGACCGCGAGCGGCGGCGGCGUGGCGCUCCGGGCGGCGAGCAGGCCGAGAGGCGGCGCGUUCUCGGUGGCGAAGGCUACCGGAAGGAGGCGGGCGGCGGCGGGAACGCCGCUGUGGCGCGUCGCCGUCUUCGCCUCCGUCGCGUUGAACGUCGCCACCCUCGCGCUCCUCCUCUACCACUAUGCCGUCAGCCACCAGCACCAUCCCGCUGCCGCCGCCUCUCCUGACCAGCGGCAUGACACCUGCGUUCAACCUGAAACGAGCGGCGAGAGAGAGCAUGGCGCGGCGGCGCGGACUGUCGAGUCCAAGGACAGGGAUACGAGGGCGCCUUCCACUGGAAAACCAGCGGUGACACACGACUCCGUUAUCAACCUUGACCACGGGGACCCGACCAUGUUCGAGGCCUUCUGGCGGGAGACGGGGGACGCGGCGGAGAUCGUCAUCCCGGGGUGGCAGACGAUGAGCUACUUCUCGGACGUGACCAACGUGUGCUGGUUCCUGGAGCCGGGCUUCGACCAGCAGGUGCGCCGCCUCCACCGCACCGUCGGCAACGCCGCCGUCGACGGCUACCACGUCCUCGUCGGCACAGGCUCCACGCAGCUCUUCAUGGCCGCGCUAUACGCGCUGGCGCCACCCAACGCCGACGGCGCCGCCGAGCCCAUGAGCGUCGUCUCCACGGCGCCCUACUAUUCGUCAUAUCCGGCCGUGACGGACUUCCUGCGGUCCGGGCUCUUCCGGUGGGGCGGCGACGCAGACACGUUCGUCGGCGACACCUACAUUGAGCUGGUGUGCUCCCCGAACAAUCCCGACGGCGCCAUCCGGGAGGCCGUGCUGAGCUCCGACGCCGGGAAGGCGGUCCACGACCUGGCCUACUACUGGCCGCAGUACACGCCCAUCACCCGACGAGCCGACCACGACAUCAUGCUCUUCACCGUCUCCAAGAGCACCGGCCACGCCGGCACCAGGAUCGGGUGGGCGCUGGUGAAGGACCGGGAGGUGGCGCGGCGGAUGACCAAGUUCGUGGAGCUCAACACCAUCGGCGUCUCCAAGGACUCGCAGCUGCGCGCCGCCAAGGUGCUCAGGGCGGUCUCCGACGGCUACGACAACGAGCACUCCUCCGGCGGCGCGAUGCGGAGUCACCGCCUGUUCGACUUCGGGCGGCGCAAGAUGGUGGAGCGCUGGAGCAUGCUGCGCGCCGCGGCCGCCGCCUCCGGCAUCUUCAGCCUGCCCGACGAGACCAUCGGCUACUGCAACUUCGCCAACGAGACGGCUGGGAACAACCCCGCGUUCGCGUGGCUGCGGUGCGACAGGGAGGACGUGGUGGACUGCGCGGGGUUCCUCCGCGGGCACAAGAUCCUGACGCGGUGCGGGAGUCAGUUCGGGGCGGACACGAGGUACGUCCGGGUCAGCAUGCUCGACAGGGACGACGCCUUCGACUUCUUCGUCAGGCGCCUCGCCUCCCUCAAGUGAUCGAAGAUCAUGGCGAUCAUCAAUGUCGAGUCAGGCUUCUUCGUUAAGCAUGCAUGCCGGUCGUGUGGCGCGCCGAGCAUGUGUAGUAGAGCAGUGUGUUGGUAGGAAGGAAGGAAGGAGAUGGCCAGAUUUUUGUUUUUCUUGUUUUCGAUCCGUGCUCGUGCUUUGUUCUCAAAUUCUUAUAAAGGCUUCACUUGUCUGCUUCUGUUCU